UAAAAAAAAAAACAGAAAAAUAUAUUUAAUUGAAGGUUAAAAAAAAAGAUCUAAUAAAUGUGUACGUGCCGUUUAAAAAUCUACGAUGGAUUUGACGUUGUCUUCUUAGCGGUAUACUAAUGUGUAAAAGAAAGAAAAAAAGUUAGCCGCGAAUAUAAGGAUCGACGCGACUAAAGUUUUUUGAAAUAUUUUUUAGUGUAUAAUAAUAAUACGUGCGUGUAAGUAAGCCGGGGGGGUAUACAACGAGGACACGCGCGUCGUUCAGCGGUACAUACGUAAUAUGGUGCUUUUAUACGAUUUAGAAAUCGUUUCUAAGAAGAGGUAGUCCCGGUGUGAGAUUUUUUAUUUAUUUUUUUUUAUUUUUUUAAAUAUUAACGAAAAAGUGGAAGAAGAAGAAAAAUCGGCAGAAUGGAGGAAGAUAACAACAUGAAUUUUGAGCUACCGGCUCACACGAUUACCUUCGAUAUAAGUAAUAACAACUCGCACAAUUCUCAUGACAGCGUUGACAGCGGUUACUUAACCUUGACACCACGCUCCAGUUUGCAUACUCCAAUAAUUGCAGGAUACAAAUCACUCGUAACACCGUUAAAAAGGCAUCUUCGGAUACGUCAAAGUUUCUACCAAUCAAAUCGUGCACAACGUUAUCGUUCAAAGCUCAAUCAAUUGCCUAAUAAAAGCACGCGUAACGCGGAUCCUACUGCCAUUUCUUCUGAAAAUGAAGACUGUGCAUAUAGUUCCAACCUAGGAACAUCAAACUUGAGUAUAACAAGCCAAAGUCACAGUUUAGAACAUGCCAGUCCAUGUAGCACCUCUCACAGUUUAAACUUAACUUAUGAAGAUUUUAAUGAAGGAUCAACUAGUAGUAUUUAUGGAGCAUGGAGAACCACAAUGCCUGUUACAUUGGCAUCAGCCAGUUUACAAAUUCUAUCACCACCACCUUCACCGGCAAUUCCUUCCUUGGCGGUACCAUCUUCUUCCUUUAUUGCUUCCGAACCAAUAGAAGAGGAUGUGGAAAUGAAACUAGUCAUUAUGCCACAAAGUACACCCCAGGAAACUAAUUCUAAUUAUCAAACAAUAACUCCUUGCAUAGCAUAUUCUCCUACCGGUAGGAAAACCAACAAUAAUGUUACUUCGACGGAAGAUCCAAAGUUGUUAAAUAAACUUUGUGUCGUUGAUAUACCUUCCAUAGCAGAGAUCAAACCUAAAAGGUUGGAUUUCAGUCAUCGUGCAUUUUCUUUGGCAAGACAUCGUACAAAAGUUAAAUUAGAUUACACUGGAAGAAAAACCGUAGAUCUUCUAGCACUAUUGGGAGAAAAGAGUAAUCAUUGGAGGAUAAUUUCUAAAAUUUUAUCCUUUUUAGCACCGCAAGAUCUCUGUUCGAUAAGUAUGGUCUCCAAAGUGUGGAGGAGAAUCUGUAAAGAAGAUUCUAGAGCCAACACUAGAAGACUAAGCCAUAUAAUACUCAGACAAAAUACUAAAGAAAAUUUGAAAUUAAAAAAAAAAGUCCAGAUGGAGAUGGAUAUUCAGAGCAGUCCUAGGAAUAGAUACGUCAGGAAAGGAUGUUUGUUAGAGGUCCAGAAUUUAGUUCAUUCGUCACAGCAAAGACCGCCCAAUAGUCCACCUGUAUCACCGAGCAAAGUCAAGUUUCACUCUUUUGUUAAGGCUAGUCGUACACUUGAACCAUGGGAGCAUCUACUACCAUGUCCAAGAUGUUCAUUUCCUUGCCACGUCGACGGUGAAAAGAACGUGGGAACGUGCUCGAGGCAGGGCUGCUCGAUGGAGUUUUGCACGUCGUGUUCUUCGAGGCCCCAUACAGGUCCUUGUAAGACGCCCCUCUUGGCCACGCCAACUAAACGAAAUAAGCGACUCGUCGUUGGUUCCAGACAGAGCAAACGAAACCUCAGAAGGUUGUAACGAAUAUAAACGAGAAGAACGAAGAAGAACCGCCAUCAGAAGCAGCAGCAUCAUCAUCAGCAGCAGAGAAA